UUGAAGUAUAUAAGCCCAGGGCUUAUAUUAGAGCAUUUACGGUUUUAAUUAGGUAUUUAAUUAAAAUAUUUUUCAAUAGUCAACGAAUUAAUUUACUUUUUCUUUUAAUUUUUGUUCCUCAUUUUAUUCUAUUGCGCUCUUUUUCUAAUAAUUUUAAUUCAACUUUAUUUACCACUUUUUUAAUACAAUUUAAGAGAUUCGUGCAAAAUCAGUCAAAUAUUAAUUCUUUCUUUUUUUAGCUAUUUUUUUAGAAAUUAUUUUUAAUUUUAAUAUUUUUUUAAAUUUUAUUAUUUAAAAAAAUAUAAGGUUGCUAAUUAAAUAUUUAAUAAUCACAUUUUAGAAUUACAAAAAUUUGAAGAAAAAUUUCGAGUACUUUAAUUAAAUUUAAGGAAAUAUAAAAUGCUCAAUGAAUUACCCUUUUUCGAUUAAUUACCUGUCUCCCAGCGAGAGGUUGAAACUAGAGAGCGGGCUGUAUCUGGAUCCAGACCUUGAUUUUUCCUGGAUCCAGAGUCCAGAUCAAGGCAUUUUUCAGCGUUCCAUUUUUCAGCGUCUCUAGUUGAAACAAUAAUUACCUGGGGCAAUUAUUUGAGCAUCCAUAUAUAGCAAUCUUUAAUUUAUAUUUUAAAUCGCUGAAAAUACGCAUGGUUUUAUUUAAUUAUUUUAUUUGUAAAGUUAUCUUAAGUUUCUCUAAAUUUUUUUUUAAAUUUUUAAAUUACCGCCGAACGAUGAAUGUGCAAUCUAGU